AUGCUACCACCAGUUUUACAUGGAGGACCUUUAACAAUAAGUAAUCCGACAAGAGAUUCAGAAGCUGAGUUUACUAUGAUUGGUCAUCGUUUUGAAAAUGCGAAAGACUUUAAGGAUGCAUUGUGUGACUUAGCCGUCAAACGCAAUUUCAACUUUCGGUUCAUAAAGAACGAUAAAGAUAGAGUGACUGUGACAUGUGCUGAUGAAGAUUGUCAAUGGCGUGUUCAUGCCUCAAGAGACGGAAACCUUCAUACAUUCAGGAUUAAAACAUCACAACAUAAACACACAUACGGUGGGGGCAUCAACACACCAUUUCACCCGAGAGCAUCAAAGAAAUGGGUUAGUAGGAAGGUAGUAAUGAAAUUACAUGAUCGGUCUCUGUACCGAGCAGUAGAUAUACAACGAGAUAUAUUACGUGACCACGGUGUUCGUCUGCCGUAUAAACAAGCCUGGAUGGGUAAAGAGUUAGCAAAGGGAAUUCUUCAUGGCAGUGAUAUAGCAAGCUAUGAUCUGUUGGUAUGGUAUGCAGCUAAAGUUUCUGAAACUAACCCAGGUAUCGUCAUUAUUAUUGACACUGAUGGAGAACGAUUCAAGCAUGGGUUUUUCUGUUUUCGUCCUUCUCUUGAUGGUUUCAAGCGGGGUUAUAGGCCAAUGCUUUUUCUAGACGAAACUCACUUGUUGGGUAAAUAUGGCGGUAUCCUUCUUGGUUCAACAGCCAAAGAUGGAAAUGAAGGAUUUUUUCAUUUGACGUUUGCUAUCGUGGAUAAUGAAACUGAUGAUAACUGGACAUGGUUUACAUCAACUUUGGGUGAUGCAAUAUACGGUGAUGACGACUACACCAACAUAAUCACAUUCAUCUCGGAUCGGUCGAAAGGACUUGUAAAUGCCAUUGCGAAGGUUUUUCCUUCAUCCCCGCAUGCUUAUUGCUUGCGACAUCUACAUGCAAAUUUUCUUAAAUCAAAUGGGCAGCUAGGAAAGUCAUUAAAAGAUGAGUGCUGGAGUUUGAUUAUGAAGAUUGCAUAUGCAUGUACGUCUUUCGAAUAUGAUGAAGCUGUACGCUCCCUAUUGGCCACAUCAGGACAAGCACACCAUUGGAUGUUCCAGAAAUCGGACAUGUCACAUUGGUGUAAUUACUUGUUUCGAUGCCAGCAGUGGGGUGAAAUGUACUCCAACGUCGCAGAAUCUUUUAAUGCAUGGAUAAGAGAAGCACGACACCUUCCUGUGUGUAAGAUGGUAGAUGCAAUAAGGUUUAAGAUGAUGAACAUGAUGUACAACCGACGUAAUUGUUGCUUGAAAUGGGAAUCUUAUCUUUGCCCUGUGAUACACAAGAAGAUUGAAGUGAUAGUCGAAGAAAGUAGGUGCUUACUGAUAGGUUGUUCAUAUGGAGAACAGUUCGAGGUUGUUGACCACCAGAGUAAUUCUGUUAAUUUGUGUGCUCGAACAUGCUCUUGUCGCCGCUGGCAGGUUUACGGAAUACCAUGUAAGCAUGCUUGCGCAGCGAUUAUGCAAACUGAUAAAAAUGUCCAUCCCUUCAUUGAACCAUACUACACUGUCAAAUCCUACAAGUUGACAUACAAAGAAUCGAUAUUCCUUGUACCAGAUCAUGACAAACCGUUGGAUGACUCUCGCCAACUUCGUAUUCGACCAUUUAUCUCAAAGAAAAGGCCUGGUCGUCCCAGGCACAAGUGGAUUGAGUCACAAGCAUGGCAUGUGCGUGAAAUGCAUUGUAGCCGUUGCCACUCAAUCGGACAUAACAGGGCAACAUGUAAUGAAGUAAUCGCAGACUAA